GCCCCCGAGGCAGCCGCGAGCGGCGAGCGGUAGCGGGCGCGGGCCGGCCCGAGUUCUUGUCGCUCGUGAGCCCGCGGGGCCCGGGCACCCCGGACAGCCCGUCCCGCCGCCGGGAGGCGUCCGCCGCGCCGGGGCCCGGGCCCGGGCCUGCGCCGGGGCCGCCGCUGCCGGAGGAGGACUGCAUGAAGCUGAACCCGUCGUUCACGGGCAUCGCGCUGCGCUCGCUGCUGGCCAUCGACCUGUGGGCCUCCAAGCGGCUCGGCGUGUGCGCCCGCGAGGGCUCGGCAUGGGGCAGCGCCCGGCCGCUCAUGAAGGUCAUCGAGGUGUCCGGCCACGGCAUCCCCUGGCUGCUCGGCACCGCCUACGGGCUCUGCCGCAGCGACAGCUCGCCCGGCCGCGAGGUGCUGCUCAACCUGCUCUUCGGACCCUCACAGGACUCCUGCCUCUUCUUUCCAAGGCAGCUGACCAUGGCAAAGAAGAGAGUUGCAAUCAUAGGAGGUGGGUCGAGUGGACUGUGCGCCAUCAAAUCCUGUUUGGAUGAGGGGAUGGAGCCUGUCUGCUUCGAGAGGACUAAUGACAUUGGAGGGCUCUGGAGGUAUGAGGAAAAUCCUGAAGAGGGCAGGGCGAGUAUCUACAAAUCAGUCAUCAUCAACACAUCUAAGGAGAUGAUGUGCUUCAGUGACUUCCCCAUCCCAGAUGAUUUCCCCAACUAUAUGCACAACUCAAAAAUCAUGGAGUAUUUCCGCACGUACGCCAAGCACUUUGACCUUCUGAACUAUGUCCGUUUCAAGACCAGUGUGUGCCAUGUGACAAGACGUCCAGAUUUCUCUACAACAGGACAGUGGGAUGUUGUCACGGAGACAGAUGGGAAGCAGGAGUCAUCCAUCUUUGACGGGAUCUUGGUUUGCUCUGGUCACCACACUUAUGCCCAUUUGCCACUACACACCUUCCCAGGGAUUGAAAAGUUCAGAGGUCGCUAUUUGCACAGCCGUGAAUACAAGAACCCCCAAGAAUUCUCAGAUAAGAGAGUCAUUGUGAUUGGCAUUGGGAAUUCAGGAGGUGACCUGGCCGUGGAGAUCAGCCACACAGCCAAACAGGUUUUCCUCAGCACCAGGAGGGGAGCAUGGAUAUUAAAUCGUGUUGGAGAUGAAGGCUACCCAAUGGAUAUCGUGCUCAGUACUCGUCUGAAUGCUGUCCUCAACAAAUUCUUGACCACAUCCAUGGUUAACAAAUGGGCAGAAAAGAGAUUAAAUGCCAGAUUCAAUCACUCACACUAUGGUCUACAGCCUACACACAGGAUUCUCAACCAGCAUCCAACUGUCAAUGAUGACCUGCCAAACCGCAUCAUCUCUGGCAGAGUGCUAGUGAAACCAAACGUGAGAGAGUUCACUGAAACUGCUGCUAUCUUCGAAGAUGGUACCAAAGAAGACAACAUUGAUGCGGUUGUUUUUGCUACAGGAUACAGCUUCUCCUUCCCUUUCCUUGAGAGCUGUGUCGAAGUGGUCAAUAACCAGAUCUCUCUGUAUAAGUUUGUCUUUCCGCCUCACCUGGAGAAACCAACACUGGCUUUCAUUGGCCUUGUCCAGCCACUAGGGGCCAUCAUGCCUAUCUCGGAGCUCCAGUGUCGUUGGGCCACACGUGUGUUCAAGGGACUGAACUCACUUCCAUCUAUGAGUGACAUGAUGGCUGAUAUUACCCAGAAGAAAGAGGAAAUGGUAAAACGGUAUGUGAAGAGCCCACGCCACACCAUCCAAGUUGAUUUUGUUCAAUACAUGGAUGAAAUUGCCAGCCUGACAGGGGUAAAGCCCAACAUACUGUCUCUCUUUCUUACGGAUCCUAAGCUAGCCAUGGAGGUUUUCUUUGGCCCAUGCACACCAUACCAGUACCGCCUGAGUGGGCCAGGGAAGUGGGAUGGAGCCAGAAGAGCCAUCCUGACUCAGAAAGAGCGGAUCAUCAGGCCCAUGAAAACCAGAAGUAUAGAGGAUUCUAUCAGCUAUUCCUCAGUACCCUUUUUACUUAAGAUUGUUUGUGUUGUUGCUCUCUUUGCAGUAAUUCUUGCUUACUUUUAACUGCUUAUCUUCUGCCUUGUUGCAUAUGAAAAAGGGAUUGUGUUAAACUUGAACUUCUGGAUCUCUGUUGGUUUAUAACUUUACCUCUGCCACUUGAGCUCGUGCCCUUCCUUGUUUGACAUGGCUGCUCAAAACUGUUUUGACUAGGACCACUCUUCUUGUAUAAGAAUUGAGGUCUUUGGUUCUGAUAAAUAUUUCUUUGGUCAGUAGCAAAAAAAAAAUGUAUCUCAGCAUAAGACUGAUGUCAGCGUCAGUUAAAAAAAUAUCCAUUGCUUAUCACGUUUCUGGAAAAUCACCCUUUGACCCUAUUGCACACUGCUGAUGUACUGAAAGCAAGGCCCUAGUUUAGGCUGACUUUUUUUUUCUCUGAAUGCAGAAAUUCAAUCCCUUUGUUAUAUAUGAUUUGUAGCACUUAACUCCCAAGAGCACAGAAUUAUUUUUUUCUGAAAAUUGGCAAGGGAAUCUGGUACGUAAUUGAUUUUCAGCUCAAACUAUUAUCUUAAAAAACAAUCCUUUAAAAUGUGCUUGUCAGGCUUUUCUCUUCAUCCAAAAUGAUCUUCAUGCUGGAAUAAAGCAAGCACUUGGGACUUUCAAUAGAGCUAAAAAUAAUUGAAAACUUGAGUGAAAGCUAUAUGUGAGGAAACAAGAUGGGAAUUAAGUCAAGUUAUUAACUAUUGCUGUACCUGAUUAUUAUGAUUCUACAGCCUACAGACAAACCCUGGCCAUCUACUCAAGAAAUUUUAAUUUGAGCCUUUGUGACGUUAGCCAAAACUCAACUAAUCACCUGAAACAGGCAGAAUAACUAAAAGUGUGAUUUCUAAGAACUGUAUUUGUAAAUUUGUCAAAGGUUUCCACCGCCUUCAAGAGCAGCUCUUCUCUCUUUUUGUAUACAUGUGAAUAAAUAUAAAACAUC